AUGUUGCUAUCCAUACAAGCAGCUAUUUUCUUAUUUAAGGUUUAAACUUGAACGGAAAUCUUAUUUGAAAAAAAAAUUUUAAAAUAGAAUACAGUAUUAUAGCACAGAAGAACUUGUUCAGCAACAAUAUGGCGCAGAAAAUUCGCCAAGAAAUUCGUAUAGCUGCUGGUGUAAUCGCAGGGUUACAACUUUUUUUUGGGUUAAGCAUGUGUAUUUGUUGCUUUAUUUUCGCUGGUAAAACUUCUGAUGCAUUUGCACCAUUUUGGACGGCUAUACCAUUAUUGUUUUCAGCAUGUUUUGGAAUUGCAUGCGCUAUUACAAGGAAUCAAUGUUUGCUAACUGCCUGGCUAGUUAUUGAUAUUAUUCUGACAAUCAUGUUAUUCAUUGGUGCUGCUUUAACAUCGAUUGCAAGUGCUCUGUUUAGCCUCGCUGUUAAAUAUUUAGAGAAAUACGGUUGUUAUGAUAUCGGAAAUAAUUGUGUGUGUCGAAAAUCCUUCGGACACACACAAACAUUCCAUGAUAUGUCUUGUGACAACAUCAAAAUGGUUCAUUCCUUACUGGAAGCACUGACAGCAUUUGGUGUACUUGGUGGAUUAUCAGCCUUAGCUGCAACCAUCUUUGCUUGCGCUGGACUAUGUUGCUACAAACCGAAGGAGAACAAUGUUGUUCUUGCUCAGGGCGGUCAAACAGUAAUUAUAUCGAGCGCCCCACCUGUACAAAACAAUCACCCACAAGGGAUUAUUACGUACCAACCGCCGGUCCAUCAUCAGCCACCACCACCAUCUUAUUACGACAAUUGUCAACCUCAAGACACAAAACCUGUAUUUAUACACUAAAAACUUGUGUGGCUGAAAUAUGUUGUCGCUAAUUGUUUUAAUCUGGCCCAUUGCAUGCUUUUACGAGCAACACUUUUCAAUCUUAAGAUUUUGUAGGUUUUACGAUAUAGUAUAUUUAGCUUUGUGGUAUGACUAUGGCUUAUAAAGAUCAUCAAAAAUGUAAAAACCACUUUGAAAACCACAAAAGUGAAAGGUGCUUAAAUCUUAAAUAAAAUACAUUUGAGAAAUUUCUUUGGUACUAUGACUGGUAAAGACUAUUUUUUACUUUAUAUUAUUGCGCACAUUUCAAUACAAAAAGUAAACACAAUUUCCACAACUCUCACAAAGUACAAUAAUCUGAUUAAAUAACUAAUUUUCAACCUGUGGUUUCCACACAGAGCACAAGGAAAAAGUUGGUAACACAAUAAAUAAUAAUUUUUGUUGCGGUGUGAUAUUUUUAUAUUUGUAGUUAAAGAGAAGAUUUAGUUUGUAUUUAUAAUUUAUAUACUACAACUGUUGAUAGCAUGACUAGUAUUAUGUUGUUAUGGUUACCUGAACACCUAAUAAAAUUGUAAAUAAGCAUUAAACACUAAAUGAAUUAAAAAGGUUAA